AUGGCGAAUGUGGUGGCAAAUAACAUGAGCUGCAAAGUGGGUUCAGGUGGGCAGGGUGGAUCUCAUCCCUCUUCUUUGCUGAUUUCUCAUAUGGAGAACAGAUCAUUAGAGAGUUUGGAAGUGAGGUCAAAGGGGGUAGAUAUUGAGGGAUCAGAUGUUCAUGACAGUGAUUUGGACUGCUUAAUGAGUAGUGCCGUUGGAAGCAGUAUCGUUCUAGAUGGCUCAAUGAAAGAUCUUUCUGAGAGCUGUUGCAGCAGUGCCAGUGGCCGAUGUUGCCCUGGAUAUGUCAGCAAAACAGAAGAGGAUGACGGUUGCCUGGACGAUUGGGAGGCCGUUGCUGAUGCUCUGACCUUCAACGAAAAGCAGAAUAACCCAAAUUUAGAACCUCUUUCAGGGUUUGGAAAGAAGAUUGGAUUAACUGAGCCUAGUAAUUCUGGAGUCAGCUUAUCAGAAAGAGAGAGUAAGGAAGUGAUUUCCAGGGGUCAGGUGAAUCGUCGGGCAUGGCAACCUGAUGAUGUUUAUCGCCCUCGUAGUCUGCCCAGUGUGAAGAAGCAUUGUAGUUUUACAACUGAUUCUAGUAAUGGUUCUGUUUCUUGGGCAUGUCAAAGCAUCAUGACCCAACCUUCCUCAUGCCUGAUUUGUUGCGAGGAUUUUGAUCUCACGGACUUGAGCUUUCUUCCAUGUCCUCGUGGAUUCAGGAUAUGUCUUUUUUGUCACAAAAGGAUUCUUGAGACAGAUGGGCUAUGUCCCUGCCGCAGAAAGAAUUAUGAUCCUUAA